UCCACUUCUAUAAAACGGUGCUUCGACGCAACCCAAAGUAUCCAUCAUCAUCUCUCUUUGCGUCACAAACACCCUCACACCGAUCUCUCUCUCUCUCUCUAACGGAGGUCAAAGGGUAACAAAGAACUUCGAUUCGUCAAAUUUCUCUCUCCGAUUCAGCCAUGGACACCGGUGGAAAAGUGAAGAAAGGCGCCGCAGGUAGAAAGGGAGGAGGCCCCAAGAAGAAGCCUGUCUCGAGGUCCGUGAAAGCCGGUCUGCAAUUCCCCGUUGGAAGAAUCGGCCGAUACUUGAAGAAGGGUAGAUAUUCUCAGCGUAUCGGAACCGGUGCCCCGGUUUACUUGGCCGCCGUUCUUGAGUACCUCGCUGCUGAGGUUCUGGAAUUGGCUGGAAAUGCGGCUCGUGACAACAAGAAGAACAGGAUAAUUCCACGGCACGUUUUGCUAGCUGUGAGAAACGACGAAGAGCUCGGAAAAUUGCUCGCCGGUGUGACCAUCGCUCACGGCGGUGUUCUUCCUAACAUCAACCCGGUUCUGUUGCCGAAGAAGACCGAGAAAGCCACCAAGGAGCCCAAGUCUCCCUCAAAGGCCACCAAGUCGCCAAAGAAGGCUUAGUUUCGCUUGUUUCCGCUUUGCUUCGUCAUCUUCAUUUGUAUGUACUUGGAGACUUUUUAGGGCUUUUUAGCUUUUGAUGUUUGUGUAGCCAUGAAAUGGAGAAAGAAAUGUUGGAAUGAUAUUGAAAGAUUUGUAAUCUCUAGAUGCCUUUGUUGUCCUUAUGUAGUGAGUUAUUUGUCAUGAAAUUAACGAAGGGAACGUCUUGUUUAUAUCUUGGCUUUCUUGUCAUUCAUUUUAAAGCUUACUUUGUUCACUUUA